GCCCASUUACAUCCACGUCAACACAGUUUCGUUCUUAGAAUCUUUGUAUAUAACUUCUGAGGUUAAUGAUCGGUGAAGGUUUGUUGGGGUUUUUCAUUGUUUUUUAACCGGAAUCCGGUUUUUCCAGGUGUGUCGCUCCGCAGGUGUGUCUACRCCUUGCUUGUCGUCAGUUAAAAACACGGAAGUUUUGAGGCUGAGGGAGGUUCUCCUGCAGAGUGGGGCAACACUUCAUGCUGYCAUCCAGUCUCCAGCGCAUAAAUCUGUCCGGACUCCGAACCUGAACGCUUUCUGAGCGGAUCCUUUUGGUGAAAUGGCAUCCGCCGCGCAGACGCAGCCAGGCGGCACGGAGAGCCUGACGCCGUCCGCUGUCAACCACAUUUUGUUGGAGUUCCUGAUUUACUUCGGCCGAGCCGUGGCGGUCUUCUACCCGGUGUACCUGACMGGGUACCUGGGCCUCAGCAUCAGCUGGAUCCUGCUCUGCAUGCUCAUGUUCACCUGGUGGCAGAAGAACCGGCGGUGGAAGGACGUCCGGAUCGAUUCUGCGAUCGAUUUAGUGGAUAACGAGGCGCAUAUUAUCAGCAGCGAGCUGAAGAACACCUUACAGAUGGCUUCAUGGGUUCACUUCACCGACGUUGAGAAAGUUCAGUGGGUGAACAAGGUGUUGGAGCAGGCUUGGCCCUUCGUCGGGAUGUACAUGGAGAAACUUCUGAGAGAUAAGAUCCAGCCGACGGUCAGGAUGUCCAACUCUGCGCUCAAAAUGUUCACGUUUACCAAGAUCCACUUCGGACACAAACCUCUCAGGAUCACUGGGAUGAGAGCAUACACGCAUGAAGUGGACCAGAGGGAAGUGAUUCUGGACAUGAACAUCGAUUACGACAGCGACGUGGACAUCGACGCGGAUGUGAACGCAGCCAUCAAAGUUGGCAUUAAAGGACUGAAGUUCCAAGGAAUGCUCAGAGUCAUCUUGGAGCCUUUGAUUAGUCAGGCGCCGCUGGUGGGAGGAGUCACUUUGUUCUUCAUUCGCCGCCCUACUCUGGAGAUCAACUGGACCGGCAUGACCAAUUUGUUGGACAGUCCUGCGUUUAGCUCCCUGUCUGAGGACACCAUCUUGGACAUCAUUUCUUCCCUCAUGGUUUUGCCGAACCGCAUGUGCAUUCCUCUGAUUGACCAACUCAAAGUAGACGAGAUGAGAUUUCCUCUGCCUAGGGGCGUGGUCAGGGUCCACGUGUUGGAGGCCAGAGACCUGGUGGCCAAGGACACCUACAUGAUGGGCAUGGUGAAAGGCAAGUCGGACCCGUACGUCACGCUCCGAGUCGGCAACCGACACUUCAAAACCAAAACCAUCAAAGAAAACCUGCAUCCGAAAUGGAAUGAGGUUUAUGAGUUUGUUGUUCACGAGGCGCCUGGACAAGAGCUGGAGAUAGAGCUGUUUGACGAGGACAGAGAUAAAGAUGAUUUUCUGGGAAAAUAUAACCUGGAUUUUGGAGAAGUGAAACGGGAGAAAGAAAUGGAUCAGUGGUUUACUCUGGAAAGGAUUGCUCAUGGAGAUAUUCACCUGAAGCUGCGGUGGCUUGCCCUGAGCACCGAAUCCUCUCUGCUGAACGAGUCCAACGCCGGCCUGUCCUGCGCGAUGCUCGCUGUUUAUCUGGACAACGCUUCCAACCUUCCAAAAGACCAAAAGGAGUUAACCGUACAUCACAAACAUGGGAAACACGGCAAAGAGGCACGGCUCACCAAGAAGAAUGUGGGCCCCAACUCCUACGUGGAAUUUACUCUUGAUAAGGAUGUUCAGAAGAGCAAAGUUGCAUAUAUGAGUAAAAACCCAGUGUGGGAGCAGGGCUUCAACUUCUUUGUGCAGAACGUAAAAACUCAGCAGCUCAUACUUCAGGUCAGUCAGGAAACACACAGGAGCUGCUGGAUAUUUGCUUGCCUGCAGAGUUCUGCUGUUUUUGUUUGUAUAUUGUAAAUAUUUGAAAUAAUC